AUGGAUGCUACAGUGCGAGUUUGGAAGUGCUCAGCAGAGGAGCGAGAGAGGUCUCGGCGUGAGCUGACGCACCAUUCGCUCGGGGUCAAACGCGCGAAGUGGUCGCUUGACGGCAGGCAAAUACUUUCAGGUGGAUACGACGGGCUGGCGUGCUGUGUGGACACUGAGACUGGUCAAACCCAGCAGGAACUGCGACGGCCUGACACGGCGAUCCCCUCUGCAAGAAUUGAGCGCAUCACAAGCGCGUGUUUCCACCCGGUUGAGCCAAAAUCACUGCUCCUUGGGACCGAUCAAGGGAAAAUUUACUGUCAUGAUCUUCGCGAGAAAAACCCGCUGCAUGCAGUGACGACAUACACGAAAUCGUUUGGGGACGUUCACGACCUGCUUUUCCUCGGUGAUGAAGGCCAGCGGUUCGUGUCAAGUGCUGGUGUGAUGCAGAGGGAUGCUAGCAAUCAGACGCUGUUAGUUUGGGACUGGCGGUCUGCUACAUUACUCUAUGACCGCCUCGACGGCAAUAUACUGGCGCAUUCUUGCUUACGAGCACAUCCGAACAGGCCGUACUUCGUAGCUCAAUGCACCGGCAGCUAUGCGACGCUGUAUUCGUCAAGUGCUCCAUACAAGUGCCUCAAAGGCCCCAGUGUUGGCGGACGUCGCCCACCGCUUCGUUUUUCAGGCGGACACCAAGUUGACGGCUAUAGUAUCCAAUGCAGUUUCUCUCGCGAUGGCGAACUCUGGGCAACGGGUGACUCAAGUGGACGAGUUGCAGUAUACCGCACAGCAGGAAAGCGCGAGCUGAUGGAUAGCUUUCAGCUCUACGAGCGCCGAACAGCCUGUAUUUGUGCAGACAGUGCUGGUGACAUUGACCUGUUUCGCUGA